AUGAUCCCCCAGAAGGCGCCGCCCCCUAGCCAGCAGCAGCAGACCAUGCCGGCGGCCCUGCCCGUCGUUGAUUUGCGGUCCUUCGCGACGGUGGAGGACCUGGCCGCCGAGCUGAUGCGCGUCGGCAGGGACCCCGGCUUCUUCUACGUCGUCGGCCACGACCUGGGCGACGCCGCCGCCGCCGCUGUGUUUGCCCGCGCCGAGGCCUUCUUCAACGCGCCCCUACCGGACAAGCUGGCGUACGCGAAUGGGAGUGGCGAUCUGGGUUAUACGGGACUGAGAGAAGAGACGCUCUCUGGUGCCGGGCCCGGUGACGUCAAGGAAUCCUUCUACCUUUCGGACCCCGGAAGGACCACGCAGCCUCUCCCAGCAGAGUUAGAAGCUGGCCGCAAGGGGAUGGCUGCGUUUUUCGCCGCCUGCGAUGCCCUGGCCAAGACGUUGUUAGAAGGAAUCGCCGUCGGUCUCGGUAUGCCUAAAGACUUCCUCUCCAGUGCCCACACCGGCGAGAGCUGCCGCAUGCGCCUCAUCAACUACCCCCCAGUCUCCCGGCUCCCGUCCGCCCCCGACGGCGGCCAGGACAUCCGCGCCGGCGCGCACUCGGACUACGGCUCCCUGACGCUGCUCUUCCGCCAGCCCUCGGAUCAGGGCGGCCUGCAAGUCUCGCGCGCCGGCGCCUGGCUCGACGUGCCGUGCCUCCCGGACGCCGUCGUCGUCAACAUUGGCGACGCCCUCGAGUUCUGGACCGCGGGGCGCCUGCGGUCCACGGUCCACCGCGUCGCCUUCCCGCGGUCCGCGAGCGAGAACGUGGGCAGGCUGAGCAUCCCCGUCUUCAUCCAGCCCGACCGCCACGUUGUGCUGGCGCCCAUCGAGGGACCUGGGGAUACGCAGGGGGAAGGGGUUGGCGCCGAGUUCCUGGAGGUUUUGCGGCGGAAGGGGUAUGAGGACGCCAGGCCCGUGACGAGCUCGGAGCAUCUCGAGAGGAGGAUUCGGGCCACGUAUGCGAGGGUUUGA